GAAAACACACACACACGCACACUGUGAGAGCGAUGGAUAUUAAUAUCUCCUCACAGGCCAGGCACACACACACACACUGUCACUUCUUGCUUCUACUUUCUCUUUUUCUUUCUCUUUCUGGGAAAUCUCCUUUUCCUUAUUUUUUUUUGUUUUUCUUUCUUUAUUAUUCUGAUACAGAGGCAUGGGAGGUUAUGUUUUUUUAGCAGAGGAAAAUGCUGUGAAUUUAAGCUGUUAGUAUAUCUUUUUUUGCUCGUGUUCCAGAAUCUUUUCUGAAAGUGAGGAAACGUUGGAUAGGUGCAGUAAAACAUAAACAUUGAAGCAUUGGUUAGAGAUGGGGAAGGAGUAUAAUGGAUCCCCAAAGCCUCAUCAGCUCAACAUGAGGAGGAAACGUGUGACUUACAUCAUUGGUGUGAGUUGUCUGUGUGUGAUCUCUUAUGCUCUAGGAGCUUGGCAAGGCCGAAGCGUAGCCCCAUCGGGGCAGAUGUCGUCGAGGGUCGGGUGCGACGACAGCCCGAGCGACAAGGGCCCGUCGUCAGAAUCCCCGAUGGUCUCGGACAGUCUUGAUUUCGAGAGCCACCACCAGCUGGUGAUGAACAUCUCGUCCUCGCAGGCGGAGGCCUUCCCCGCCUGCGAGGCCAAGUACAUGGAGUACACCCCCUGCAAUGACCGGCAGAGGGGGCGGCAGUUCGACCGGGACAUGCUCAAGUACAGGGAGAGGCAUUGCCCCACUAAGGAGGAGCUCCUCCGCUGCCUCAUCCCGGCCCCGCCCCACUACAAGGUGCCUUUCAAGUGGCCUCAGAGCAGGGACUACGCUUGGAUCGCCAACAUCCCUCACAAGGAGCUGAGCAUCGAGAAGGCGAACCAGAACUGGAUCCAAGUGGAGGGGGAUCGCUUCAGGUUCCCCGGGGGAGGCACCAUGUUCCCCCGGGGAGCUGAUGCCUACAUUGACGACAUUGCCGCCCUCAUCCCCCUCAAGGACGGGUCCAUCAGAACCGCCCUUGAUACGGGCUGCGGGGUUGCUAGUUGGGGUGCCUACCUGCUCAAGAGGGAUAUAAUCGCCAUGUCUUUUGCUCCCAGAGACACGCACGAGGCGCAGGUGUGGUUUGCACUGGAACGAGGCGUCCCGGCAAUGAUUGGCGUUCUUGGCUCGCAGAGGCUUCCGUAUCCGGCCAGAGCUUUCGACAUGGCUCACUGUUCCCGCUGCUUGAUCCCGUGGUUCAAAUAUGAUGGAUUAUAUCUGAUGGAAGUCGAUAGGGUCCUGAGGCCCGGCGGCUACUGGAUCCUCUCCGGGCCUCCCAUCAACUGGAAGAAAUACUGGAGAGGUUGGGAGAGAACUCAAGAAGAUUUGAAGCAAGAGCAAGACUCCAUUGAAGACGUGGCCACGCAGCUCUGCUGGAAGAAAGUAGUGGAGAAGGGCGAUCUUGCUAUUUGGCAGAAACCGUUCAACCACAAUAAGUGUCGUGAUCGCAACAUUUGCAGCUCCGCCAGCCCCGACGCAGCUUGGUACAAGGACAUGGAAGCUUGCGUGACGCCGCUGCCGGAGGAAGUCCCGCUGAAGAAGUGGCCCGAGCGCGCAUUCUCCGUGCCGCCGAGGAUCAGCAGCGGGUCGGUGGCGGGCGUGACAGCCAAGGCGUUGGAGGAGGACAACAAGCUGUGGAAGGAGCGCGUGGCCUACUACAAGCGCCUCGUGAGCCAGCUGUCGCAGGGAUUGUACCGGAACGUGAUGGACAUGAAUGCCAACCUCGGUGGGUUCGCGGCGGCCGUGAUGAAGUACCCGGUGUGGGUCAUGAACGUGGUCCCCACCAUCUCAGAGCCCGACACGCUGGGCGUUAUCUACGAGCGGGGGUUCAUCGGCACGUACCAGGACUGGUGCGAGGCGUUCUCCACUUAUCCCAGGACUUAUGAUCUCAUCCAUGCCGGGGGCGUCUUUAGCGCCUAUCAGGACAGGUGCGAUAUAAGCAACAUUCUGCUGGAGAUGGAUCGGAUCCUGCGGCCAGAAGGCACGGUGAUCUUCAGAGACGUGGUGGAGGUGUUGGUGAAGGUGAAGAGCAUCGCCGAUGGAAUGAGAUGGCACAGCAAGAUUGUGGAUCAUGAAACCGGACCCUUUAAUACAGAGAAAAUUCUUGUUGCCACAAAGACUUAUUGGACUGCUGAUUCCAAACAAAAGGGGCUAUGAUUUGAGAGAAGGAAAAAAGAAAAUCUUUUUUUCUUUUUUCUUUUUCUGUAGUGGAAAUGCCAUAGAAGUUGAGGCGGUGGUUAUGAAGUUGUGCUUGAUUUCUUGAAUUCAAUAAUUCCUGUAGUGAGAAGUUUUGGCAGUUAGCUAUAUUUUUGGACUAAAGAUUUUCUUGCUGUUUUA